CUAGGGGCGGGACCUUGGAGGCGCGAGAACGCGGCUGCCUGUGUCGCGCGCGGAAUCGCCGCGGGCUGCUGGUGACUGUCCCGGAGCCGCUGGAGUUCGCGCAGGAGCGCGGCCAGACUAAUUUUAGAAAAUGCCAAGUAGGAAGUUUGCAGAGGGUGAAGUGGUCAGAGGUCGAUGGCCUGGGAGCUCCCUUUACUAUGAAGUAGAAAUUCUGAGCCAUGACAACAAAUCCCAGCUCUACACUGUAAAAUACAAAGAUGGCACCGAACUGGAACUGAAGGAGAAUGAUAUCAAGCCUUUAAAAUCCUUUAAGCAAAGAAAAAGUGGCUCAAUUUCCAGCUCUCCUUCGCGCCGCCGCAGCCGCUCAAGAUCACGCUCCCGGUCCCCGGGCAGGGCGCCGAAAGGCUCCAGAAGAUCCGCCUCUGCAUCCCACCAGGCUGACAUAAAGAAGGAGAUGAGGAAGGAAUUUCUGCAAGUUAAACUGACUCCGCUUGUGUUGAAGCCAUUUGAAAACAGCGUCAAUGUGUACAACGGGGAGCCGGAGCACAUGGAGAAGAACACCACGCCUUACAGAGACAAGCAGGAAAGAGUCAUUUUGUCAACAGAAGACAGCUAUAUAGCAACACAGUACAGCCUUCGUCCCAGGAGAGAAGAGGUUAAAGCCAAAGAAAUAGAGUCUGAGGAACAAAACCGUGUCACCAAAGGACCUGCACCUUUGGGAUCCUUUCAAGUGACCACUCCACAGAGGAAGGACUUGGAGUUUGGAGGAGUACCUGGUGCGUCCUUCCUUAUGCUCGGCCUGCCCACCUGUGUCGUCCUGCUGCUGCUGCAGUGCAGGCAGGAUGACCCCGGGCUGCUCCAGUUCCCCCCGCCUCUGCCGGCUCUCCACGAGCUGUGGGAAACCAGGGUGUGCGGCGUUUACCUCCUCUGGUUUUUCGUUCAAGUUCUCUUCUACCUUGUACCAGUUGGGAAGGUUGUAGAAGGAACACCUCUUGUUGAUGGAAGAAGACUCAAGUAUAGACUGAAUGGAUUGCACGCCUUCAUCCUGACGUCAGCAGCCUUGGGAGCCGCUGCCUUCUGGGGCACAGAGCUGUGCUACCUGUACACUCACUUCCUGCAGUUCGCACUGGCAGCCACCGGGUUCUCCGUGGUCCUGAGUGUCUACCUCUACGCCCGCUCUCUGAAAGCCCCAAGGCAUGAGCUGUCACCUGCCAGUUCUGGAAAUGCCAUCUAUGACUUUUUCAUUGGUCGUGAAUUAAACCCUCGACUUGGUGCUUUUGAUCUCAAGUUCUUCUGUGAAUUGCGCCCUGGACUGAUUGGAUGGGUGGUUAUUAACUUGGUGAUGCUUUUGGCGGAAAUGAAAAUACAGGAACGUAGUGCCCCGUCCUUGGCGAUGAUCUUGGUUAACAGUUUCCAGCUCUUCUAUGUGGUGGAUGCCCUCUGGAAUGAGGAAGCAUUGCUGACCACCAUGGACAUCACCCACGAUGGCUUUGGCUUCAUGCUGGCUUUUGGAGACUUAGUGUGGGUUCCAUUUACUUACAGCCUGCAGGCCUUUUACCUGGUCAACCAUCCCCAUGACUUGUCCUGGCCAUUGGCUUCUGUCAUCAUUGCUCUGAAACUGUGUGGAUAUGUAAUCUUCCGUUGUGCAAACUCUCAGAAAAAUGCAUUCCGGAAGAAUCCCACUGAUUCAAAGCUUGCACAUUUGAAGACCAUUCCUACUUCCACAGGGAAGAGUCUGCUUGUUUCUGGAUGGUGGGGUUUUGUUCGCCAUCCCAAUUACUUGGGCGAUCUCAUCAUGGCUCUGGCGUGGUCCCUCCCUUGUGGCUUUAACCACCUCCUGCCUUACUUCUACGUCAUCUACUUCACCGCGUUGCUUAUCCAUCGAGAGGCCCGUGAUGAGCACCAGUGCAGGAGGAAAUAUGGCGUCGCCUGGGAGAAGUACUGCCAGCGCGUGCCCUACCGCAUAGUUCCCUACAUUUACUGACCUGCGCUGCUGCUUGCCUCGCAGCGCAGACCGCGCAGAAACAAGGAAAGUCCAAAUGAACUAACUUGAUGCACUGACAGGAUCUCUAGGUUUGUUUUUGAGUCAGGACUAUAGAGCCAAAUAGUACAUCUUUUAAUGUAGUUGAAUUUAUUCUUAUUAAAGUAUGGCAGUUAAUGUAAGGGGAAUUACAGAGAUGGUAUAAUUUUUGCUUAUUCAUAGGAAAAUUUUAAUCCCUAAAAAUCUGAACUUUUUGUAGUUUUUUUUCCAAAAUUUUUUCUUUUUGCCAUUUGAUUUUUCUUAAUUGAAAACUCUUAAAUUACAUCUACGUUUCAUCGUGCUUUGAACAGAAUUCUCUUUAAGUCAGUUUAUUAGUCUAUAAAUCAAGCAAAACCCAACCCACUAUUGAUGGUAUAUUGGAAGAACAAGGGCAGAUUGCUUGCAGGACCUGGUUUAAGGGAGACCAUUCAUAGCAGUGACUCCACCUCAGCCUUCAAAAGUGCAUUUGGGAAAUAUAAACACAUAGACUACUUUUAUGUAAUAUAUGAUGACUUUUGAUUUUUCUGUACAGUGUUUGAAUGUGAGAUAAUUGUCAGAAACUAAGUAGUUUUUUUAUCAAAAAUAUUUUCUGUGUUUUAAAUUAAGUUUUGUAAAGUAAUGUGAAUUUAAAAGUGUAAAGGAAUUACAAUUCAUUUAAAGUUAAAGCAUAGGAAAGUUAUAUUUCUUUAUCCAAAGUUUGUGAAUUUGGCUUUGCUACCUCAAUUUGCAGGUGUGUUUGCCUUUAUAAACUGUUGCAAGUAGAAAAAAAAUAUAUUUUUGGAGUAACAGCACUAUUUAAACAUUUUACACACAUUGGUGUUGGAAAAAUUGCCAUUUUUAGGCUACUAUUUUUAUAUAUUUUUUGACUUACAAUUCAACAGUGUUUUUGCUACUGUUUAGCUAAUACAGUUUAUUCUAUUUUGUAUCCUUUAUGUUUUUAGAGCGCUCUAGAAAGGAGUUCAACCUGAUACUACUUUUAAGUUUUCUCUCUCAGUUUAAUAGAUGUGUACAAACUGGUUGUAGCCAUUCAGUUCUAGCAAGGUUAAUUAGUUUCAUAGUAACUGUCCCAGAGCAGGACAAGUGGCAAGUUCACUAGACUUUUUUAUAAACAUAAGGAUGCAGUACAUAUAGUGUGUGUACAUUUGGGUUUCUAUUACACAUAUCACAUGAGCCAGAUGCAGAGUAUUCAGGUCACCUGCCCUGAAUACUAAGUGGCUCUGCUCCUGUGAUCAUGACAUGUUAACACUCUGCAGUCUGUCAUCCUAAGAUAUUCAGCAGGUGGUUUCUAUCAUGCUUUCUUUUCUCCUGGUAUCAACAUGGUAUGUGCUAAUAAGCUUAGAAGGAAACUUUAGGUAAGACUAAAGACAUUGGGUUCUUUGCCUGGUACUGAAAGGGUGGGCAGUGCCACAGUAUCUGGAUAUCAGGUGCAAGCUGUUUUUAAUUUGAUGUUUGGCAAGCUUUGUAAUAAAUUUUUGGUUGGAAACAAAAAGUUGAAAAUAAAGAGUUGCUGGUAGA